UUCUUCUUCUUCCUCUUCCCGGAGUAGGAGGCGACAGAUUGAGCCGAUGGGCUGGUCUGUGUAGUAUGAAAUAAGUGACUGUCAAAUUAUGAAGCUGCUGGUUUUUGAAGUUGUAGGAAACUAGUUGGAUUUUAAAGUGGACCCUGCUUAGGGAAAUGCCUUUGUUGAUUCAAAAUAGAGAAUCGGACCGAAUAAGAUCGACAGUGGAACUGUUCGACAAAUAUCCACAUUUACAGGAACAUGCAAGAACAUUUCGCUCCAAGCCACUUGCUGAUGUCGAGCCAAAGUGCCUCCUGUACGUCCAGCAAAGAGAGUAUGCUGCAACUACACCAGCAGACAAUUGUGUUUCAGUCAUCGGAUCAGAUGAUGCCACCACCUGCCAUUUGGUUGUGCUGCGACACACUGGAAGUGGGGCUGCUUGCUUAGCCCACUGUGAUGGUUCCAGCACCUGGUCUGAAGUCCCACUCCUUGUGAAAGCUGUGACAUCGCUGAGUAGCGUGUGUAAGGAUGGCAGACUUGAGCUCCAUCUUGUCGGCGGAUUUAACGAUGAGAUGAAAACAUCCCAUAAACUCAGCCUUAACGUACUCGCAGCCUUUCAGAAACAGAAAGAGGAAAUUCAUCUCGAAACGUGUUGCAUCACAGAAAUGAAUGACACUGUUGUUAAUGGAAAUCAUAAACCUGUUGUAUAUGGAAUAGGAGUAAAUGUUAAAACAGGGGAUGUGUUUCCGGCCUCAUUCCCUCAUAAAGGCCCUGCAGAGGAGCUGCGAUCUGCACGAACCUUCACUGGAGGACAGAUGGUUGAGAUAUACGACUCGGCCCGGGGGCUUGUUAAGAUUGACCCAUGCAAGUGGUCCCCACAUCUGGACAUUGCCUUCUGGUUGUCACAAAAUGAUGAUACAAUUUUAAAGUACAUGUCCACCUCUCCAAAGGCUGAGCCUCCACACUUUGUCCAGCACAUGAAGUCCACCAUCCAGUUCCUUUUAGAUAACCCCGACUCUGACAGCCUGUUCCCGGGGGCUCAACCACAGCUCUUCCGCAGGACUGAGAGGGGGGAAUGGGAGAGGGCUGUCCAGUCGUAGAGGCCCGCUCCUAUCUCUCACCGAACCUUAACGUGGUAUCUGACUGUAUUUGCCUCUCGGCUCAAUGGAAGCACUGUGACCCUUUAACCCACAAUCUGUUUUUUUUUUGUUUAUUGUGUCUUAAUGUGGAGUUAAACCCCCCACUGGACCAUGCGUCUACUGAAUAGCCUUCCCAAUUCACCUGGCUGGUCCAGUAGAGAGAGAAGAGGACGUGAUUCUGUUUAUGCCUCUCGACGGUUAAUUUCCACUCUUAUGAGACGGUAUGAAGGCUGCACCUUAUACCAACUGCUGUGUUUGCAGUAAGUUGAUGUUUAUGUCCCAUUGUGUUUAAGGGUUUUAAUUUUGAAUGAUUCUGUCUUACUUUAUGUUCAGUUAAAACAUUUUAUAUGUUUCUUUUAGCCCAUGAACUACCAUAGCUUAGCAUUCACCACAGAAUAAAUUAAAGGUUAUUUUCACAUUUGCCUGCACAUGGGCCUUGAACGCAUGAUGUUGUCAAUAGAAGCAAAUCAUUGUGUGAAUUACAGAAUUAAUUUUGUCACUUCCCGUACAUUAGCAUGUGAUAGUGUACAUGGGGAUAGUCAGAUAAAGCCAGUGAUAGCUUAGAUUUCAGGUUUUAAGCUCCGAUUGAACUUUACACUACUUCGAUCCUUGGGGGGAAAAAACACUUUUACAAUGAUAAACUGAGAACAUAUGCAUCUGUAAGCGUUCUCUGUAGUUUAUGGGCUAAAAUAUGUACAUAAAAAUAUCUCUUCUGCUCUUAAGUAAAGAGCUCGACGUACUGGUAUGGAAUAAGUGUGAAACUUGCUGCAACAACAAUAAAACAAAUAUUUUGACAUAUUGUUUAAAACAAAAAAAAAUGACAUAUGACUGCAUUGCAAUGACAGAGUUUAUUUUUCUCUACAAAUGUACCUUCCCCAUGAGAGUGGGAUAUGAUGUUUUAUCACAUACUCGACACAAUGCUGUACACUUUGCUAUGAAUGUGUGUGUCUUAGAAUUGCAUGUGUACAUGUGCAUCAUAAUCUUCUGCAAGGUAUGACAUGGAUUCUUGUUGAACGUAACAAAAUGUUAUUUUACUAGUUUUGUCUGCCUUGAAGGUGUUUAAAAUGUAACAUGGCCUUUUCAUUAGCUGUGUAAAGUACUUAAAUCUUUCAGUGUAACUUGUUGCGACUUGUGAACAUACUAUGCGUGUGGCUAAAUAAAUGUCAAUGAUCAAAUCUUCUGUGGUUGGAAUUUAAAAUUUCUGCCAGUAGUUGAAGUGUAACAUAAACUGCAAUGUGCAACACAAAAUAAAAGAUGUUUAUUAAUUUCA